AUGGGCCCACACCGUCUUCUUUACCAAGCUCUUUGUAAAGCCGGAGACAAAUUGGUCUAUCCGGUUCUUCCAGCCUUCGCCAAGCCUGCUUGGAAUCAUGCAGCCGGUCCGAAAACUGUGUUUUUCUGGGCACCGACAAUCAAGUGGGCUCUUGUCGGAGCUGGUCUCGCGGAUUUGGCCAGACCAGCUGAUAAGCUGUCUGUUUAUCAGAACUCUGCAUUGUUUGCCACUGGAGCCAUCUGGACACGUUACUGUCUUGUCAUCACACCGGUCAAUUACUACUUGAGUAGUGUGAACUUCUUUGUUAUGUGUACCGGUCUUGCUCAACUCUGCAGAGUGGCUCAUUACAGGUAUCAAAACCCUGAUUGGGAGACAAAGGAGAUCAUGGAGACGCACUAA